AUGGCUCCCAUCGAGAAGAACGAACAACCCAAAUACCUGGAGACCGACAUCAAGGCAUCGGCUCUGGAACUGAUCGGCAACACACCCAUCGUGGCAUUGGACCGCCUGUACACCGGCCCCGGACGCAUAUUGGCAAAAUGUGAGUUCAUGAACCCUGGUGCAUCAAUCAAGUGCCGCUCAUCAUUGAGCAUGAUUAACCGUGCUCUUGAAUCCGGAGAGCUGAAGCCCGGCGAGCCUGUGGUAGAAAUUACCUCUGGCAACCAAGGCUGUGGUCUGGCUGUGGUGUGCGCUGUGUUGGGACAUCCCUUGACACUCGCUAUGUCCAAAGGUAAUAGCGCUCAAAGGGCGCUUCACAUGGAAGCUCUCGGCGCUAAGUGUGUUCGAGUAGAUCAAGUUGAAGGCACCUAUGGAAAUGUAACAUACGCCGACGUCAAAGCUGUUGAAGAGGUUGGCAUGAAGAUUGUGGAGGAACAGAAUGCAUACUUCGUUAACCAGUUCCACAACGAGGCUAACGCUGAUGCUCAUUACAAGAGCACGGGGCCCGAGAUCUGGAAGCAGACUGGACACCACGUAGACGCCUUUGUAGCGACCGUGGGCACCUCUGGUACUUUUGCUGGUACCUCAAGGUAUCUGAAGGAACAAAACCCUGAUAUCAAGACAUACGUCGUAGAACCCGCUGGUGCUGAAGCUAUCGCGGGCUGCCCAAUCACGAAACCCCUUCACUUGCUUCAGGGAUCGGGAUAUGGUUGGAUUCCCGAUUUGUUCAAAUAUGAACAUAUGGAUGGUACAUUGGCUGUGACUGACGAGGAGGCAGUGAAGUACAUGAAGUUGGUUGGUGAGAAGGAAGGUCUGUACGUGGGCUACACUAGCGGCGCCAACGUGGCGGCGGCUGUCAAACUGUUGCAGUCAGGAUUGAUCCCUGAGGACUCCUGGGUGGUGACCUUACUGAAUGACACGGGUCUUAAAUAUACACCCGUGCCUGAGGAAUUAUUCAAGUGA